AUGGCGGGCCAGGCGCCGGUGGGUACGACCACCACUUCGAUUACCACGACGGCCCCGCAAGAAGCGUAUACUGCUACGACAAAGACAACCAGUAUUCAAUAUACCGGGGAGAGCAGCCAGCGUUAUGUACCGCUUGGUACUCAGCCCGUGAUGGCAUAUCCCCAUAAUGUGAGGUGCAUGUACGACCCGAAUUUGGUCCCGGCGUUUGUUGCCCCCCCGCGAAUUUCCGUAUCACCUGGAUAUACUCCUAACUGGCCUAAUCAGCCGAUGAAUCAACCGGUAGAACUCAAUAACCGUCCGAACAUGGUCCCGGGAGCCCCUAGGUACUAA